AUGACAACAACGCUCCCGCAGACUUCAUCUACAGUUUCUGAGAAUCUCCUACCUACUACUUCUCAACACGCAUUAUCCUCAACACGUUCCGUCCUUCUCUUUCAAUAUCCGGAUGGUGAAGAGUUCAAGGUGGUUUUUGACGUGUUAUCUUGCUAUGAUGUUGUCGGUGCGAUUGGUUACGGUACCUACGGCUGCGUAUGUUCAGCCUUUGAUAUUAACCGUGUGAUGGAAUUCAACAUGACCCCUAUGGCAGAAUACCUAGCCGCUGAAACAGCGGAAGAAAGAGAUGCCCUCUACAACGCCGCCACGCAUGUCGCGAUAAAGAAACUCUCUACUCUUUUUGAGUAUAAUCAGCCACGCAUGUGGCUUUGCGCGUCGCGUGAGAUUCAGCUCAUGAUGGCCUUUAGACAUGCCAACGUGUUAUCUGCGGUCGACUUCUUUAUCCCCUUGGGAAAUGUUGAGAUGUUAACCUACGAGUCCAUGCAGCGACUGCGCGAUACCUUUGAUAGCGUUUAUGUCGUUAUGAAAGAAAUGGACUAUUCGCUGCGCGAGGUCCUGGACUCGGCCUUUAUUACCGCCUCAGAGGCUUCACCAGAGUAUAUGGAAUUACUAUUUCACGGUUCCAAUAAGGAUACCCUCGCAACGCAAUCUACUUUAAAUUCCCCGAAGCCGAUCGAACCCUUAGUUUUCAGUGAUGCAAUUAAUGCUGAAAGUAUGAAGAAAAACCAAGAUAUACCGAUGAAUAUAGCCACGCCAUCCCCGGAAGACUCUGGUAGGAAUAAGCAAAUGGGAAGUAUAACUCCGCGUGUGUUUUGUGACCAUAUCCUUUCGGGUAGCUUCGAGAACAGUCUAAUCUAUCGUGAAAUCCGUAAAGCCAGUAAUAGUGCCCGAUUAGUAUUGCGAAAAUUAUUCCUAUCCUAUCCAAAUCAGGUGGAUAUAAACGAUAACGCGGAGCAUUUGGAUAGUGGUAGCAAUAGCAAAGGGAUCUGCCUCACACCUCCAACGUCGAAAGAAGGGGAGCCUCAAAGCCUUGACGAAAAUAAAAUGCCUCUGGCUGCGGGCGGGGAAUCCCAACAAAUACCCCGUACCCCCUCCGAACCCAACCUUUGCUGCCCGGGCACCGGUUUACCCCUUCACCCGCUUUCCAAAGACUACCGCAAGUUCAUUCUCUACCAAAUCUUCCUUGGCGUCGGCUAUCUCCACCGCUGUCUAGUAAUGCAUCGGGAUUUAAAACCGGAAAAUAUUCUUUUGGAUUAUAACUACAAAACCUGCAUUACGGACUUCGGGCAAGGUCGCGACGUCGGCGUUAACAAAUCCGAGUGCAUUCACACAAUGCUAAGCAAUUCCUCGCAGUGGUACGCUGCGCCGGAUACCCUGACGUUGAGCAUCGAUGCCGACAAAACCGGCUUUAUCGAUAAUGAGUCCUUUUACUCGAUUGAUGUCUGGUCGAUUGGGUGCAUCGCGGCAGAGAUGCUCAUCGGGCGCCCGUUGUUUUAUAACCAACACAUCUCGAGCAUCGGGCACCUGACGACAAUUGUGGAGAUCCUGGGGGAGCCCUCGUCUGAGUCGGUGCAGGCCAUUUUGGGUCGCCGCUACGAAUACGACAGGGAGGCCUUUCUCUACACCAUCGAGGCCAUCCGCGCGCUGUUCAAGAACCAUCAAAGCAUCCUCAAGGAGCUCCUCAAAAGCCCUUUCGGCGACGAAACGGAGGAUGAGGUGCAGCUCAUCGUGAGCUGCCUGGCGUGGAACCCGCAGGAACGCAUUACCAUCCAGAAGGCCCUGGAAAGCCCGUACUUCAUUGAGGACGGCUACGAGCCCGUGAUCGACCGGAAGGAUAUAGCAAAGCAGGUUCCUGUGGUGCGACCGGAGGAGAUCUCCGACAUGCAGAGCGGACGGGCUUUUCUGUGGAAUCUCUUCACAAGGCGGCAUCCCGAGGUGAACGAGCUGUGGCGUGUGCUGGAGGAACGCCAUAACGCGAAGCUGGGGCGUGAGGUGUAA